AUGUGCUGCCAGCAUCCGAUUGACUGUGUCGAGUUUGAACCUACUACUGCUUGCCAUGUGUGCACUGCGUGCGGUGAAGUCAUCUCGGACGUCUCGACCUGUGAAGGCUUUGUCGCCGGCCGCGAUAAUGGUCACGAUGAAUUCCAAAAGGAAGGCGCCGAAUUUAUCAACCUCUCGUCCAGUCCCGGCAACGAGCCCACACGUGGGUCCAAGGUGGUGCGCGGUUUGAAGACAGUCUUUGCUUCCUGUGAGCCGUUCGGGUCUGCGCCCCAUGGGCCUGGCGAGGCCUUCAUCGACCGACACGAACGAGAUCUCCAACAAGCGGCUACACAGCAUGGUAUUGACGUUGAGAUGGGCGAACAGUGGCAGAGGCUCUUGGAUGUGACGAAGUUCUUUGCUGAUAGAAGAUAUUCCUACAAUGAGAAGAGGAACCGGUAUUACUUCGGCAGUCCCCAGAAUAUUAAAAUUAGUGUACAUGGUAUAUGUAGUUUCGUUGCGCGUGAACUUGGCUGUGAAUCUCCGAAUCAUCGAGAGCGCUACAUAGACGGCGUCAAUAUGAGCUCGAGGAAGCUAGCCAUGGCCGUGCGACGGAUCGGCUGGGACAUCCGGAAGUAUGCCAAGGAGUCCGGCGAUCUGGCCGUCGGCCCUACAUUCGCUGAGCGCAAGCAGGCCGUUGAUACAGCACCUGUGGUGAAACGCGUGGCAGAAGCUCUUGAUCGAGUACAGAAACGUCCACGUUCCGAUUGA